GCGUUGCCAUGGCCACUUUGUGUGUUAGAGCACAGCAGGUGUGGGGCGAUGGAGACUCAGGGCGCUUUUCCCGGGCCCAGACCCAGGCCCAGCGAGGAUCCGGGCAGCCGCAUCCCUAGACACCCUCCUCUGCCCGAUUUCCUGAGUGCACGGCAUGAACCGCAAGAAGCUGCAGAAGUUGACGGACACCUUAACUAAAAAUUGCAAGCAUUUUAAUAAAUUUGAAGUGAAGUGUCUUAUAAAACUUUAUUAUAACUUGGUGGGAGAUAUAAUAGAGCGACAAGGUGUGGUCAAUGGACUGGAUCGUAAUGCAUUUAGAAACUUCUUGCAUGUGACAUUUGGAAUGACAGAUGACAUGAUUAUGGACAGAGUAUUCCGAGGUUUUGAUAAAGACAAUGAUGGUUGUGUAAGUGUAUCAGAGUGGGUAUAUGGAUUAUCACUGUUUCUUCGAGGAACUUUGGAAGAAAAAAUGAAAUAUUGCUUUGAAGUGUUUGAUUUGAAUGGUGAUGGAUUCAUUUCAAAGGAGGAAAUGUUCCACAUGUUGAAGAACAGCCUUCUUAAACAGCCAUCUGAAGAAGACCCUGAUGAAGGAAUCAAAGAUUUGGUUGAAAUAACACUUAAGAAAAUGGAUCAUGACCAUGAUGGGAAACUGUCCUUCUCAGACUAUGAACAAGCUGUGAGAGAAGAAACUCUUCUACUGGAAGCUUUUGGACCAUGUCUACCUGAUCCAAAGAGCCAAAUGGAAUUUGAAGUCCACAUAUUCAAAGAUCCAAAUGAAUACAUUGAUAUGUGAAUAACUAAAUGUCUGUGUUGCCUCAAAUGAGUAUAAAAAAGGAGGUGUAUAUGUAUUGUAUAUAUAUGUUUUUUAUUUAGAAAGAUGAUAUUGAAUUGUGUGUUUGGGUGGGGGAUGUUGUUCACUUACAUAUAUCAUUUAACUUUAGUGUAAGAACCAAGUAAAAGGGAUAUAAGACAAGUUUCUUAUUAGAUGUUGUUGGGUUUGGGUUUAACAUUGCUAGAGGUAUUUUAUACCUAGACAUAUGUUGAAGCAUAUAACUAUCAGAAAAGUUUGUAUUAAUGAAAUGAAUAGUGAAAUUAUAUUAUCUUGAAUUAUAUAAGGCAACUAUUAAGGCAAGUAUUUUUCAUGUCAGAAAAAUGCUAGAUAUAAUAAAAUUAAAAAUCAUAGAGCCCUAACCAGUUUGGCUCAGUGGAUAGAGCA